AUGAUUACUACAAUUGAGAGGAAGAAGAAGUGGGGACGAUUUAUUGCACUGCAAAAGCUCGGCAACCCAAUUCGAGUCUCAGGUAUUCUCGACUGGAUCCAUCAAAACGCCUGCUCCACACUUUCUGUACUUUCUCCAAUUAAAGUGAAAAAGCCAAUGAUUAUGAAUUGGUGUGAGCUGUGGCAAGUUGAUAGGCUCAAGGUGGUUGAUUGGCAGCAAAUUGGCAUCACUAGCGAAUGGGGCAGCGACUACUCGUUUUUUGUCGCAUUGUGGAAUGACUACUGCAAUGCAGAGGAAGAAGAAGUGGCUCAUGAGUUGUGGGCAGGCAGGAAAACCACAAGUGGUCCUCCUAAAAUUGUCCACACACAGUAG